UCCACCUCUAGUUUUUAAGGUAAAUAUAAACCCAAUUAAAAGUAAUAAAUUACUGCAGGCGCUCAGAACCGCCAUGGACUUCGCCAGCGUGCUCGGUAAAAGCGAGGCGCACCAGCGCACCAUUAUCCACCUGGAUAUGGACUACUUUUACGCUCAGGUGGAGGAGAUUCGGGAUCCAACGCUGCGCUCGAAGGCUCUGGGCAUCCAGCAGAAAAACAUUGUAGUCACCUGCAACUAUGUGGCGCGCGCCAAAGGAGUGGCCAAGCUGAUGCUCAUUGCUGAGGCACAGCGAAUCUGUCCAGAGCUGGUCCUCGUCAAUGGCGAGGAUCUUGCUCCGUAUCGCCAGAUGUCGCAACGUAUCUUCGAUCUGCUGCUUAACUACACUCCCCUGGUCGAGAAGCUCGGCUUCGAUGAAAACUUUAUGGAUGUAACUGCAUUGGUAGAACUGCGUCAGGCUCAUGUCGCUGAGGCCCAGCUUAAACCACCCGUGGGUCACACAUAUCCAGCGGAUGGCACCCCCUUGUCCGCUUGCGACUGCGGCUGUGCCCAGCGACUGGCCAUCGGUACUCGGAUCGCCCAGGAGAUCAGGGAGGAACUCAAGCUUCGACUGGGCAUAACCUGCUGCGCCGGAAUCGCAUACAACAAACUGCUGGCCAAGUUGGUCGGCAGCAGCCACAAACCCAACCAGCAGACCGUUCUUGUUUCCACCUACGCCGAGCAGUUUAUGCGAGAGCUGGGAGACAUAAAGCGGGUCACUGGGAUUGGCCAGAAGACUCAGUGCCUCCUGAUGGAGGCCGGCAUGUCAUCUGUGGAGCAGUUGCAGCAGUGCGACAUGGACGUGAUGCGCAAAAAAUUCGGCUUUGAGACGGCCACCCGAUUGAGGGAUCUGGCCUUCGGUCGCGACACGAGUUCCGUUCGACCUACCGGAAAACCAAAAACCAUUGGAAUGGAGGAUGCCUGCAAGCCAAUCUCCGUGCGAACCGAUGUGGAGGAACGGUUCCGCAUGCUACUCAAGCGGCUGGUGGAGCAGGUUGCAGAGGAUGGCCGCGUUCCCAUCGCCAUCAAGGUUGUGCUGCGAAAGUUCGAUUCCCAGAAGAAAAGCAGUCAUCGAGAGACCAAGCAGGCCAACAUCCUUCCGUCCCUAUUUAAGACCUCCAUGUGUCCAGGAGAAACCGGCGUGAGCAAAGUACAACUGGCGGAUGGGGCCCAGGAGAAACUUCUUAAGAUUGUGAUGCGACUAUUCGAGAGAAUCGUGGAUAUGAGCAAGCCUUUCAAUAUCACUCUACUGGGCCUGGCCUUCUCCAAAUUCCAGGAGCGCAAGGUGGGCUCUUCAUCAAUAGCCAAUUUCUUGAUCAAGAAGGCGGAUCUGGAGGUGCAAUCGAUCACCUCCCUGACAAACACGAGUCUCACGAGUCCCACAGCGGAAAGUCCCACCUCGGACGAGUGCGCUUUCCGCUCCUCACCAACAACGUUCAAGCCGAGCGAUCAGUUUUAUAGGAGAAGAGCCACCACAGCAUCACCGGUUCCCAUGCUUCUGGAUAAUGGCUCUGAAUCAGCGGCCACUAACUCGGAUUUCAGCGAUUUCUCUGAGACGGAGGUCGAACCGUCGCCGAAAAAGAGCCGCGUUGGCCGUCUGUUAGUGUCCAAGCGCAGCCGAUUGGCGGCGGAUGUUGGGGAUUCCGCUGCGGAGGUUGCUUCGCCCAGUAAGCUGCGCGUCUGUGAUCUGCGCCUGAACUCGCGGGACAGCGAGAAGGACUUCCCCAUGAGCACCACGCCAUCUACUUCUACAUCCGCGCCUGCCCCUCGCUUUCGCACCGUCCAGCCACCGAACACGCUAUUGCAGCGAAUCGACGGCAGCCUCCGGUUUGUCUCCACGCGCACUGCCAGUCGCUUGAGUUCAAAUGCUAGCUCCACGGCCUCAUCGCCACUUCCUUCGCCCAUGGACGAUUCCACGGCGAUGAGCGCGCCCAGCACACCAACCAUGUCCUUCGCCCCACCCAUUACAGCAGCAGUGGUUACCACCACCAACAGCGAGCCCUCGACUCAUGUCCUUACGAAUAUUGCCUGUCCAGCGGGUGUGGAUGCAGAGGUGUUCAAGGAGCUGCCCGUGGAGUUGCAAACCGAGUUGAUCGCAUCGUGGCGCAGUUCCCUAGUGGCUGCCGUGGAGCAAACAAACGGAUCAGCUUCCACCACAACCACAGCGAUUGCAAGCGGAGCUCCAGCCACGGCCACCACCGCCAGCGGGGGACAGAAAAACACGUUGUAUCGCUACUUUCUGCGGAAUAAGUGAUGCAGUGCAUCCAAGCAUCACAUCGUUUCUAGUUGUAAGAACAAAGUGAAUAAAUCCGUUUAUAUAUAUGAUAUAUUUUUAUAGGUAUACGGUUACAAAUUGUAAGUUUAAGGGCGCCGCUUUGGACGAUCCUAAGCUAGGAUACAUAAAAAAACGGUAGAUUCCUAGUACUGAGCCAUUGGGCAGUUAAUUAAAGAACCUUAAAAAAGCCACUAUUGUAUUAAAGAAAAAAAUUAAGUUUGAACAUCACGUAUACAUUAUGAAUUUUUCGAAAGAAUUGGUUGCAAAUGAAUAAAAUAAUCAGAUUCGAUUAGAAUAUAAUGAACAAUAUUGUCUUGAACUAUGGCGUUGCUUUUCUUUCCCAGCUUUGUAAUAAAAUCAAUGAUAAACAGAAUAGUAUAUCUAUUAUAGUUGAUCUUAGUAACUAUAGCUCAUGCCACCUUAAUUAUUUUCCUAGCAAUCUACCAUUUAUGUUGAAUAAUAAUAAUAUACAAAUACGAAUACUCAGCGCGACAAGAUCGCCUGCAGAGGCUUACUAAUUAUCGAUUUGCAUUAAAUCUCACAAGUGUAUCCUAGUGGGGCUUAGUCACGAGCGGUUCCCUGGCAGCUGUGAGUUUCGAGACACAAGUCCGCGUCUUUGUUGCACAUUCGCUAUUACAUUUAUUACUUCAUUUACACUUCAUAUCAUACAAAUUCAAUUGGUUGGGUCGCCUACUUAAGUUUAGUUAAUACAGAAUAUCCGAAGCCUGACAUCUCACACAAAAGGAACAAAACUUUAUCUAAUUGAGCUUGACUUGAUACAAGUAAAUUGAUUUUUCUGUAGUUUUUACCUCGAAGAAAAUGGCAACAAAAGUUGAACAGUAUAAAAAUGUCUUUAACUUAUGCUAACGAUGAUAAAAUAAAGUGAAGUCCUUAGAUCGAGAAA